AUGAAGGCGUGCGUACCGAGGCAUGACUUUUGCAUGACGCUUCCAUUUGGCGCCGUGGUCGCCACGCUCGGCGUCCUGGGAUUCGUGGCGAAACGAUCGUUCGCGAGUUUGGUCGCCGGUGGGAGCAUUGGUGCGACGUUAAUGUGCUUGGGCUUCGCGAGCCUGCGCGCGUGGAGCUCGGGCGCGUCGUCGCUGCCGUGGACGGCGGCGAGCGCGGCGGUGACGGCGACGUUGGCGUUCGCGAUGGGGAAAAAGUACAUGGAAUCUUCCGCCAUUUUUCCGAGCGGGAUGUUAGCGUUGACCAGUAUGCUCAUGCUGUGCUUUUACGCCAAGAAUUUGCUCGUGGAUGGGGGAAAUCCUCCGAAAGAGUCGCAGAUGGCCAAGUCGGAUUAG